UGACAAGUCAGUGAUAAGACACGAUACACAAGUGUGUGAAUGUGUGUGUGUGUGUGUGUGUUUCUGUCACUUCUAUAAACAAAAGUUCAACUUUUUUCUUUCUCAGACUUUUAGCAGAAUGUUUUCCCGUUGAUGCUGUGCUUUAUCCUGGUUAUGAUCCUGCCUUGGCAUAGUAUCCGUCUGCUAAAACAAACCAAAAGAUCAGGAUUGUCUGCAGUGACCUGCGGUUGUUUGAGGAUGUCUCGGCCGUUGACGCUAUGCAUGUUAUUUGCCACAUUCAGCUACAUCUUUGCAUCUACAGAAGUUUGCACCAAUUCUUUCUUACCAGGAGCAAAAGGAGACCAAGGUGAGGCCGGAGAGGUUGGGGAGCAGGGCAAACUGGGGAAGACUGGACCACCAGGGCAUUCAGGUGUACCAGGAGAACCCGGACUGAAAGGAGAAGUGGGUCAGACCGGAAAGAUGGGGCCCUUUGGGGACAAAGGUGACAAAGGCCAGAAAGGUUUUACUGGAGCAGUCGGUCUGAAAGGGAAAACUGGUACAACAUGUGACUGUGGGCGGUACAGAAAGGUGGUUGGACAGCUGGAUGUCAGUGUAGGGAAGCUCAGGAAAGCCGUCCAGUUUGUGAAAAAUGUUGUCUUGAGCUUGAAGGAGACAGAGGAGAGCUACUAUCUUCUUGUGAAGGAGCCAAAGAGGUUCAGAGAAGCUUCUGUGAACUGCAAGCUGAGAGGAGGAACUCUGGCCAUGCCUAAAACCAGCAACAUUAACCGCCUCCUGGCAGACUUCAUCAGUCAGGCAGGACUGACAAGGGUGUAUGUGGGGGUGCAGGCCCAAAGCACAGACUCCAAUGGAACGAUCAGUUAUGUUUAUGCAGACUCCAGUCCUCUGCAGGAGUUUGCUGCUUGGAGCCAAGGAUCCCGAUUAUCUCCCACCACAAACUCCAGCUGCGUGGAGAUGCUCAGCACUGGGACGUGGACUCACAUGGAGUGUGAAACCACCUUGUUUUUCAUCUGCGAGUUUCCAAAGACCAGUAGGGGAGGAGGAGAAGGAGGAAGAGGGCCGCCUGCUUUGGCUUAAUAAUGCUGAUUCAGCAUGCGCACAAUUACAGGCCAAGCAUUUUUUCUAUUGGAUCGUACACUCACCGGCCACUUUAUUAGGUACACCUGUCCAACUGCUCGUUAACACUUAAUUUCUAAUCAGCCAAU